GUCCAAAGAAUUUGGACGACUGGCAGUGUGACCGCCGAUUUGGUUAUAAAUAACCAAAAAUUCAUUUUUUAAAAAUACCAACAAAAAUUGCCUAAAAAUACAAGCAACGAUAGCAGGCGAUAGUUGCGAUAGUAACUCAACACUGCUCUCACCGCUAAUCGCCGAAACUACUGGAGCAAACAACAAGAAGAAAAUUCGUGAUUUUUUUCACGUAAUUUAUGUGCAACAUGAUGGAUGAGCAACUAAUUGAUGAAGUAGCUCAGCAUGGCGUGAUCUUCAAUCGCCAGAAGUAUUAUCUAAACGGCAGCGCCAGCGGAGGCAAGUACGAAACCAAGGACGAGGCCUGGCAGCUCAUUGCGCUCAAGCUGCGCACAGACGUGGAAACGUGUAAGAAGCGCUGGAAAUAUUUACGCGAGCGCUAUGUGUCACAGCGCAAACAGGGUGAUCCGCCUGUCUACGAGCACCUCUCCCGUCCGUAUUUGGAGAAAAUGAAAUUCUUGGACCAACAUAUACAGCCGCGCAAGUCCUACCGCAAUGUGCCAAACUUCUUGACCUCGCCGCAGUCGGCAAACAGCUCCAAUUACAGCGAGUACAAUGUGGACUCCAAGUCGAAUAGCUCGCAUAAGAAUAUGUCACAUUUCGCUGUUACUGCCCCCAAUCAUCAUUACCAUCAGCAUCAGCAGCCGCCGGGAGAUCAACAGCACACUAUGAAUGCAUUGAGCACCGCUGCUGCCUCAGCGCUGGAGAAUGUUAAUGGUCAGGUCAAGAUUGAGGCAGAGAUAUUUCAAAAUUUCGCUGCGGCAGUGGCGUCGCAGCAGCUCCAGCACAUCUCCCAGUCACAAAUGCAGCAGCAACAGGCGGCGGCAGUGGCCGCGGUUAUAGCCGACUCAUCGCAGGGCUACCAGGAACCGUAUCGCGACAAUCAGGUGGUAAACGGUGCUCAGAAUAGUGCCGGCAGCACCGGCGGCCUUACUUCAACGUCUUCCUCAAUGAAAUCGCCGCUAUCAUCGCCACUGCCAGGCCUCGGUGCGCCAGAAGAGCUGUCGACGCCAACAACGGGCCAACAGGCACCGACCGUACAUUCCUCAUCCAGUGUAGCGAUGACUGCCAGCAAUUUACAGGUGCCGACGCACGCAUAUAAUAAUCAUAAGAGCAGCGACGAUUUACAUUCCUCGACGUCAAGCAACUAUCACACGAAGAAACCACGUGUCCAACUCAACUCAAAUGGCCAUGCCCAACAUUCAAGCAAUGGCGGUAGUUUAUCAAAUCCAAAUGGCCAUUUUGGUCAGGAUAGCGAUGAUGACUCUGAUGACAAUAGCAACGAUUUAAUGGAGGCACAAACAAUGCUACAGCAUGAUAAUCACUUCAAUAAUUCGAUCAAUAUGCAGCGCAACGCAACAAAUGGCAGCAUCGCCAAUAACAACAGCACUAACAAUAACAAUAAUCAGCAACAGCAGCAGCAGCAACAACAGCAACAGCACCAACAACAACAGCAGCAGCAACAACCACAUCCAAACAUGUUUCCAUCAAAUACGGACUUCCUUUUUCAGCUCUAUCAGCAGCUGCCGCAACAGGCAGGCACUUCGCAUGCUUCCAACUUUGGAAAAUUCCAAACGCCACCAAAUCCUCCCAGCAUACAGCGUUCAUCAGAGCAUUUACUGGGCGAACUGGUCACCACUGAGCUCCUGAAGAUGAACAAGGAUCGGCGAAAAAACGUUCAGAAACGAAUAUUGGAAAUACUCUUUUUUGACGAUUAGCACGAUCGUUUAGUAUUACAAGAGUACUUUGUGCAUAAUUGUAUAUAUACAUAUUAAUUUAUAAUUAUUCAUUAUAUUUAAUAACUAGUUUUAAGUUGCGCGCUUUAAUCGUGUUUAUUUUUUUGUUUGGCUGAAAUCCCACCAUAGCAUUUGUAAAGUUGUUUGUUUCACACUUUCCAUAUGUGCUAGUCAUAUACAAUAUAUUGAUUAACUUUUUAAUUUGAUAUUAAGUUAAAAUAUUUUAAAGGGAUUUGUGAGUAAUGCUAAGGUAAUCGUAUACCUAGUAUGCCUAAUGUUUUACAGAGACAAACAACCAGUUGUAAUUUAUUUAUAAUGUUUAUUAAAGUGUACACGAUUACAUAUAUA